CAUCCCUCUCCUCCCUGUGACGUCGCUCGGUCUGGUCCCGGGGUGCGCUGCUCUCCGGUCCCGUCUCAGCACAAACCACUUUAGUUGCUGCCUCGACCGUCCACGAGACCUGCGGUGCGACGCGCGCGGUUACGGUGCGGCGAGGUGCGUCUUUUUUUUGUUGUUGCGGCCGCCCGGUGUCCUUCUCCCACUCCACGCUGCCCGCCUUGUCCCACAUAUCUGUGAACUGUUCGCGCACUCUGCCUGAAGAAGAGAGAGAGACAGAGAGACAGAGAGAGAGAGGGGGGGGAGAGAACCUGAGGCGUUGAAUAAGAGGGAGAGGGCGGACAGGAGAAGGAGGCAGAGAUAGAAAAAAGAGGGACAGAAAAAGAAAAAAACAAAGAAAGAGGAGAGAAGAGGAGAGAAGAGAAGAGGAAAGAGGUCGCCGUAGUCCCCCUCUUCUUUCCCGGGGCUGAAUCGCUCCACCGAGAAGAUGCUGAGAAUAGCCGGCGUGCUGGCUGUGGUGGCUCUGGGGUUGAGCGCCGCUCACACCAAAGUGAACAAACACAAGCCGUGGAUUGAGACAUCAUACCACGGGGUGAUCACCGAAAACACUGACAUCGUUCUGCUGGAUCCUCCUCUGGUGGCCCUGGAUAAAGAUGCCCCCAUCCCCUACGCAGGGGAGAUCUGUGCGUUCAACAUCCACGGGCUGGAGGCGCCGUUCGAAGCAGUGGUGCUGAACGGUACGUCUGGCGAGGGUCAGCUGAGGGCCCGUGGCCUGGUGGACUGCGAGCUGCAGAAGGAAUACACCUUCAUCAUUCAGGCUCACGACUGUGGCUCGGGCCCCGGGGGCACGGAGGGCAAAAAGUCCCACAAGGCCGUGGUGCACAUUCAAGUCAACGAUGUGAAUGAGUUCGCCCCAGUGUUCCGGGAGCCCCAGUACAGAGCCGCGGUGACCGAGGGCAAGAUCUACGAUAGCAUCCUGCAGGUGGAGGCCACAGACCAGGACUGCUCCCCACAAUACAGCCAGAUCUGUAACUACCAGAUCACCACCACCAGCACGCCCUUCGCUAUCGAUCGCAACGGUAACAUCCGCAACACGGAGAAGCUGAGCUACGACCGCCAGCAGCAGUACGAGAUCCAGGUGACGGCGUGGGACUGCGGCCAGAAGAGAGCCCUGCACAGCGUCCCCGUCCGCAUUGACGUCAAGCCUGUGUGCAAACCUGGCUGGCAAGGUUGGAAUAAGCGAGUGGACUACGAGCCAGGUACAGGAAGUAAGCAGCUGUUUCCUAAGAUGCACUUGGAGACCUGUGAUGGGCCGCUGUCGUCGGUGAGGACCACAGUGGAGCUGCAGACCAGCCACAUCGGGAAAGGCUGCGACCGUGAGACCUACUCGGAGAAGUCUCUACAGAAACUCUGUGGGGCCUCCUCGGGCAGCACUGACCUUCUCCCUGCUCCCAGCGCUGCCACCAACUGGACAGCUUCCCUGGUGACCGACAGCGGCAGGGACAGCGACUUGAUCUUCAGGUUUGAUGGGCGUCAGGCGGCGAAAAUCCCAGACUGGGUGGUUCCUCAGAAUCUGACAGACCAGUUCACCAUAGCAACCUGGAUGAAGCACGGGCCCAGUCCCGGGCUCCGAGCUGAGAAGGAGACACUGCUCUGUAACUCCGACAAGACAGAGAUGAACCGUCAUCACUACUCACUGUAUGUCCAUAAUUGCCGCCUGGUGUUCCUGCUGAGGAGAGACUUCACCCAGGUGGACACCUUCAGACCGGCCGAGUUCCACUGGAAACUGGAGCAGAUCUGUGACAAGGAGUGGCACUACUACGUCAUCAAUGUAGAGUUCCCGGUGGUGACGCUCUAUGUGGACGGCGUGACCUACGACCCCUACCUGGUGACUGACGACUGGCCCAUCCACCCCUCGCAGAUUGAUGUGCAGCUCACGGUCGGCGCCUGCUGGCAAGGUGGGGAGGUGACCAAGCCACGGUUCACUCAGUACUUCAGAGGAAGCCUGUCCGGACUGACCAUCCGACCAGGGAAGAUCGAGAGUCAGAAAGUCAUCUCCUGUCUGCAAGCCUGCAAGGAGGGGCUGGACAUCAACUCCCUGGAGAGUCUGGAUAAGAACAUAAAGUUCCACUUCAACCCGGCCCAGUCCAUCUUGGUGAUGGAGGGAGAGGACCUGGAGAACAUGAACGCCGCCGUGAGGAAAGUUUCCUACAUAAACUCUCGCCAGUUCCCCACGCCGGGCAUCCGGCGUCUGCACAUCUCCACGGUCGUCCAGUGCUUUGGUGAAGACACCUGUAUCACCAUCCCGGACAUCGAUGCGGUGGUGAUGGUGCUGCAGCCCAGUGAGCCCAGAAUAACCAUCACCGGAGUGGAGAGACUGAAUCAUCCGGCCUCGGACCUCAAAACGCCGGAGGGCGUGUCUCUGUUCCAGGACCUCCACAUCAUCAGCACGGUCACCCGGGCAGACGCCACCACGCACCACACAGCGCAUCGACCCGGGGUGCUGGAAGAGAUUAUUCAUAACUUGGACUACUGUGAUGUCUUGGUGCUUGGGGAGGAGCUGAGGCCGGAGCAGGAGUCCCUCCAACUGCAGCGCAGCACUCUGCUCGGAAAACACCUCGACGCCACCAACUCCACCUCUGGCAUGUCCAUUUAUGGUGUGGACUCAAUGUCCAAUUAUGAGCAGGUGAUGCGACAGGUGCGUUACUAUAACUGGCGGCCCGAACAACUAGCAGAGAGAAGGUUUCGCCUCACCUGCUCGGAGCUCAACGGGCGAUACACCAGUAACGAGUUCAACCUGGAGGUGAGCGUACUGCACAGUUCCGAAGCUGGAGAGCAUGUCAAUCACAUGGUAGCCCCGCCUCAGUACAUGCAAGUGGUCCACCAUCCCUCCUUGAUCCAUGACCUGUACCCCAGCCACAGCUCAGGCAUGCCGAGCGCUGCCACCGUGGUAAUUGUGAUGUGUAUCGCCGCUCUGGUGGUGGUUGUGGUGCUCGGCAUCUACCGCAUCCACCUGACCCACCAGCAGGAGGUCAAGCUGGCAGAGACGGCCAAAGAGGCAGACGCUACCUGGGACGACUCGGCUCUGACGAUCACGGUCAACCCGAUGGAGAACCUGAAAGGACCCCAGGCUGCAGAGGAGGAGGCCAGCGAGGAAGAGGAGGAGGAGGAGGAAGAGGAGGAGGAGGAUGACGAGGAAGAGGAGGAGGAGGAGGAUGACAUCACCAGCGCUGAGUCAGACGACAGCGAGGAGGAAGUGGACGUGCAGCUACCCAGGAUGCAACGCCAGAGCAAGAGGGGCCAAAACUGGGACAAAACAACAAUAUCUUACUGAAAACACACACAGUCACAGUCACUCACACACACACACACACGCACAUUGUGCAACACAUCCGUCGUGAAACCUCAAAUCAGAUGGUUGAGACAAAAAGACUUUAUGUGAUGUUGAGGCUCUAAAAAAUGAGGUAAUAUCUCCCCCUGGUGGAAUACUACACUGAAACACACACACACACGCACACACACACACACACACACACGCACACACACACGCGCACACACACACACACUGCAUUGAUUUAACCUCCGCCUUGUCAGAAAACCUGUUUUAUACAGCUGAUCAGAACUAAUAUGACACUAAACUCAAUCAAAUGUCCAUCCUCGUUCUUAAAGGGACAGCUCACCAAAUUUAGGUCAUCCCCGACAACUGUUUCCCCUCCAACCAUCUCUCCUCCCGCACCGCAACUACAACCUUUAGUGAAAUAAAGUUUUUCCGUCGGCUACCAUACAUUCAGUUUAGCGUGUCGGAUUCCACAGCGAGAUCUCUGAUGUCCCAUAGAAAUGCAAAACAGUCUUUAUUUGAGAAAAAAAAAACAAAAAAAAAAACACUGGGUUGCAAGAGAAAAAGAAUCAGACUAUUUUUUGGUUUGUAUACUUCAUGUUAUUUAUCAGUCUUUAUUCUAGCCUACGCGGCACAGCCAGGUGAUUUUACAGAAAUAGCAUAUUUUCAAUGGUACUCAAAAACAAAAAGGAAAAAAAAGUCGAUCUGUGUGUAGUCAUGUUGAUCUAACCAAGGGGUCUGAGUUCUGGGUUUUUGGGAAAGACAGAGGAGUCUCCUUGUAAAUUUUUAUACGCUCCUUUCUUGUAAAUAGUGAGUAGGUGACCCCCCUCCCUCCCACACUCCCAUCCCCUAACACCACUUUCUCUACCCAGAAUCCCCCCCUCCUCUCCACCUGUACACAGCACACAUACCACCUCUCCAUAUGUACGUACAUAUUCCUGAACCCACUAGCCCACGGGGGGGUCUUCACUGAACGGACCCCUCAGUUCCUCUGUGUGUGUUUCUAGCUCUGUGUUCAGAUCAUUCCAGCUGACUGCGAGAACUCCGGGUUUGUUGGGAUGGAUGUGCCACUGCCUCUAUAGGUACUGGGUCUGUUGGAGCUGCACUAGGCGAGAUGAUCCUGCAAAGAGGCGCCGUGUUUCAUACAUCCGAAUCACACAUCAGGGACGUGACAGAGAACAGAGAGUCCCCUCACUGCUCGCGUACAGUCUGCGAGAUUCGCCCGAAUGAAAGUUUGGUCCCGGGCGCAGUCACAGCGGCAAGCAACACUACGAAAGCCAACGUCUACACCUGCGAGUCAUUAAUGCUGCAUUGCAGGGAUUUUGCAGGGUGAGAAAUUCCAACUUUUCUGCGGGGAAGAGUGCAAAUGGGACUGGUCGUCAAUAGAUGCAAAUAUCUACCGACUGCAGGAUUUCUGAGGCCACGCCAAUAUCAUUAUUUGACUCUUUAAAGUGUGAUAUUUAUAUACGGGCAGAUGCUGGUUUGUUUCUUUCCUUAAACAUAGCCUUGCAAACAUUUUUAUUUGAGAAGGAUCCUAAUUACGGAGCAGUGAACAAAAGACAAAAUGUUCUGAGUGGAACAUAUGUCCGUGGAAAAACAGUUGCUGCAGACUCAACCAGGAGAUUAUUAACAAUGAACUUCAGUGCAAUAAAAACUAGACAUAUAAUCAAAUACCACAAAAAAAGCAUUAAAGAUGAAGCAGGACACAGGCUCAAAUAUGUUAAAAACAAAAAUGCACCAUAUUUUUUUAGUAAUAGCUAUAACAAAUAAUAUAUAACUAUGAUAAAGAAAAUAAAGUAUGUGUAUUGUGGGAAAGCCUGUAUUAUAUCAAUUAAAGUUGCAGUGCUAAAAGAUGUUUUAUGUUAGCAAUGGAUCAAAUGACUUGAUGUGGAACCAGAAUGGCACUGAGUAGAGCGCAUGCGUUCCCUUCAAGUCAGUCAAGCCUAAUCCAAAAUCAAUCUCAAUAAUCCUAUAUCACUUUACAUUUUAUGCCUCCUAUCACUGCUUAACCAUAAAUAUACUCACCAGAUCUAGGAUCAGCAUCAGAUUGUACCCACCCAUAGCGACCCGCCGCUUAAAUAUGUUAUUUUCAGCAAAGAUACAUUUGUUAUUCAUUACUUUAACAAAAAUUUUGAAAAACUUAAUGUUGAACAAACAAAUUCCUGAAAACAUGACCUAAAUAAUGGUAUCCCCUCGGAUUGAUGAACCCUGAGGAUUAGAACCAAACUCUUCAGUUCCCCUUUCCUCUGCAGAGCAUUUGAAUGUUUUCAGAAGACUGUUGCUGUUGAAAAAGCUCCAAUGAACCGACCAUACACUACCUGCCCAGCACUAUAUAGUUAAAGUCAGUGAAUACACUGAACAGAGAUGAGCAUUUGGCAGCUUGAGCAGUCAAGAUUUCUCUCAGGAGUCGGUGGAGAACAAAACAGAGCUAAAAGGAGAGCGGCUGUAUGACUUAGAUUUCGUUCAUCUGGCAGGCAGAAACAGAACUCCCACUGAAUGCUCAUGUUGCUCUGUGUAUGUGUAAAUAGAUAAGUAGUAGUGUGAGCACCAGAUCGACUCUAUCUGGUGAUGUAAAUGUUGUGUUUUCAGACGGUUAGGCUGUUCCUGAGCAGCCCAAAAAAAAAAAUCUAAAUAUGUUGGUUUGGCACUUUUUUAAAAACAUGUCUGUCAGAUACAGACAUGAAGUCCAUGUGUAGGUCUCGUUAUGUCCACAUCGGCACCACAGCAUGCUUUUUAUAGCUACAAAACAUUACUUUUAUGUCCAUAUUCGCCUAAAUUUUAUUUUUUUUUCUUUUGAUUAUAACAGUUUUUAAUGAAAGUCGCUAGCUAACGCUGCCUCAUAUCACUGACACAAAAUAAUAAGCUGUUUUUUUGGGGGGGAUAAAAGAGACUGCUAUGACACUGAACCCUGCAAGAGACUUAAAACAUGUUUGCCUUUGAAUAAAAUGCAGCAUUAAUGAAAGACAUUUAUUCUGAAGGAUGAUGUCACAUUGCAUUAAAGCAACCCAGAAACACUCUGGUGGGGCCACCGGUUGUGAAGUUGCCUGGCGCGACUUGAAAAGGACAGAGAGCAGACGUGAAAGACGCGUUCGGCGGCGUCACAUUUGAUGCGAUCAGAAAACCCAGUCGAAGGUUUCCUCACCUUGAGGCGGAAGGGCAUUAAUCUCUGGCUGUGGCCAUCCUGAAUCCAGUCCGGCUGUUAUGUUUCGAUUGCAAAAAAAGAAGAAAAAAAAAACACUAAACAGCAGAGGGUUUUGUCAUGUGUGGCGUGUACGAUAAAUACAGUCAGCCACAGGUAAAAUCAGGGUUCGGUUAAAGUCACAAACACCGGAAAGUUUCCUCCUCUGACAGCCGUCCUGUGGGUGCAGCUGGGAGAACCUACUGUAUGUGUAUACUGUAGCUCUAUGUUCAUGUAAAGAUCUCAUAUGUUGUUUAAGAGUUUUUCCUCCAUCUACUGUGACACCCAGUCUUGUGACGUCACCUCCCUCCCCCGCACCCUCCCAACCCCUCCCCUCCCCUCCCCCACCCUCCCCCGGAACCCUUUGGUGGAUUUUGCAUCGGCCUGAGCCCUAAUGUUGUCCUGACGUUUGUUUUAGAAGAGGAGGGCGGUGAAAUUAACAUGGAAAACCUUGUAUAAUGUGUAAAAGUUUUUUUUCUGUUUUUUUAUUUGAUUUCUCUGGACUCUUUGGUCUGUUUUCCUUUGGAAUGGUCACUACAGCACUUUCUGUAAAAUUGGCCAAUAAAAACUUG